GUGGCGCGGGAGGACCCCUGGCCCGCGCGCGAGGACCCUCAGGCGGCGCCAUCUUGGAACGGCGGAGGGUGGUGGAGCCGUCUCUUUCGCGUCCCUCGCCGUGUGUCCCACCCGCCCCGCGCCUUCCCGCCGCCAGCAUGAGUGUGGUGGAGCACGUCCGGGAGAUGGCCUCGGCCGGGUUGCAUUCCAACGUGAGGCUCCUCAGCGGGCUUCUCCUCACCAUGAGCGGCAACAACCCGGAACUGUUUUCACCGUCUCAGAAAUACCAGCUCCUUGUCUAUCAUGCAGACUCCCUCUUCCAUGAUAAAGAAUAUAGAAAUGCUGUGAGUAAGUAUACAAUGGCCUUGCAGCAGAAAAAAGCGUUAAGUAAGACUUCAAAAGUAAGACCUUCUACUGGGAAUGCUACAUCAACUCCCCAAAGCCAGUGUUUACCAUCAGAAAUUGAGGUGAAAUAUAAAAUGGCUGAAUGUUACACAAUGUUGAAGCAGGAUAAAGAUGCCAUUGCUAUUCUUGACGGGAUUCCUUCCAGACAGAGGACCCCAAAGAUCAAUAUGAUGCUGGCAAAUCUGUACAAGAAGGCGGGUCAAGAACGCUCGUCUGUUACGAGCUACAAAGAAGUACUAAGGCAGUGCCCUUUAGCGCUUGAUGCCAUACUAGGUUUGCUGUCGCUGUCGGUGAAAGGUGCGGAAGUGGCCUCUAUGACAAUCAACAUAAUUCAGAGUAUUCCUAACUUGGAUUGGCUUUCGGUGUGGAUCAAGGCAUAUGCUUUUGUGCAUACUGGAGAUAACACAAGAGCAAUAAAUACCAUUUGCUCCUUAGAGAAAAAGUCAUUGCUGAGAGAUAAUGUGGACUUACUGGGGAGUUUAGCAGACCUCUAUUUCAGAGCUGGAGAUAAUAAAAACUCUAUUCUGAAAUUUGAACAAGCACAAAUGCUGGAUCCUUACCUAAUAAAAGGGAUGGAUGUAUAUGGCUACUUAUUGGCACGUGAAGGUCGACUAGAGGAUGUGGAGAACUUGGGCUGCCGUCUCUUCAACAUUUCUGAUCAACAUGCGGAACCCUGGGUGGUAUCUGGGUGUCAUAGUUUCUACAGUAAACGAUACUCUCGUGCCUUAUACUUAGGAGCCAAAGCUAUCCAGCUUAAUAGUAACAGUGUUCAAGCUCUCCUGCUGAAAGGAGCUGCCCUUAGGAAUAUGGGCCGAGUGCAGGAAGCAAUUAUACACUUCCGUGAAGCAAUACGUCUCGCGCCUUGCAGGCUGGAUUGCUAUGAAGGUCUUAUUGAAUGUUACCUGGCAUCCAACAGUAUCCGUGAAGCUAUGGUUAUGGCAAAUAACGUCUAUAAAACUCUGGGAGCAAAUGCACAGACGCUCACUCUGUUAGCAACAGUCUGUCUCGAAGACCCAGUUACACACGAAAAAGCAAAAACACUGUUGGACAAAGCACUGAUGCAAAGGCCUGAUUACAUUAAAGCUGUGGUGAAGAAAGCAGAACUUCUUAGUAGAGAACAAAAGUAUGAUGAUGGGAUUGAUUUGCUGAGGAGUGCGCUGGCUAACCAGAGCGAUUGUGUUCUGCACCGAAUACUGGGAGACUUCCUCGUAGCCGUCAACGAGUAUCAGGAAGCGAUGGACCAGUACAGUAUUGCCCUCAGUUUGGAUCCAAAUGAUCAGAAGUCACUAGAAGGAAUGCAGAAAAUGGAAAAAGAGGAAAGUCCAACAGAUGCAACCCAGGAAGAAGAUGUGGAUGAUAUGGAGGGAAGUGGUGAAGAGGGGGACUUGGAAGGCAGUGACAGUGAAGCAGCUCAGUGGGCAGAUCAAGAACAGUGGUUUGGGAUGCAGUAAUGGCUUCUCUGCUGCUUGUUUUGGCACUUGAACAUACCACUUGGGCCGCUCUUUGAAGAACAAUAACUAUGAUUUUUGCAGUAGCAAAGGAACUUUUUUUUUUUCUCUUUUUUUUAAUAAACUCUGGAACUGUUUCAUAAUUCAGUGCAUCUCAAUGCCAUGAAGAUUCUUGAUGCUUCUUAUUUAUUGUCAGGGACUAACUGUAUGGGAGGUUAUUUGCAACAUUCAUUUCAAAGAGUUCCCACUAAAACUAAAAGCGUUCGAAUCUAAAGUGUAUAAGCGUUCGAAUCUAAAGUGUAUAAUAAGCCUGUUUGUGACACAAACAAUGGCUAAAUUCUGUCCCGGGCUAAGUGUGUUUGAUUGAUUUGUAAAUACAGUGGUUUGUAUUCCAUUGUGGAAAAGGUCUUGCUCUCCUGUUUGUACGCUCCUGUUGAAGUCUGGAGGAGUUGCUGGGGUGUGGCUGAGUGCAGCACUUUUAUCUUGCUGUCUUUGUUGAAUUCAUUUGUCUUUUCUAAGGCAUCACACGGGCUGUGAAGGAGAAGUUUGAUACACCAGGCAGCUUUGGCUUGCAGGAUGCUUUUGUAGCUGACUGAUUUCUGUGUGUGCAGGAUGGUGCCAGUAUUGGAGAAUUGCAGUCAUUUACCUAAUCCUUCCUAAACCCUGUCAUCACUUAAAGUCUGUACGUGAACAUUUAUUUUUAAAUGCAGUUUAGUUUUAUUUUGGUAUGUUACUAAAAGGUUUUACAGCAGUGACUCAAAGCUCUUCACAUUCUGUAUGCAGCACUGACAUUUAAAAUGAUAUAGAAAGAACUCCUUCACUUGCACUGCUGUAGGAAUGUUAAAUUAUGCAAAUACACGGAUUGUCUUGGUUUUGCCAUGUUUAUAUACUCUGUGUUUCUCUCAGGUAAUAUUUGAAGUCAUGUGUUUUCUCUCACCUUUUGAAGCAAAGUUGCUUUGCUUCAUGUACAAAUUCUCAGCAUCAGCAUUUCAAGGGUGAGCUGCUUUGUGUAACCUAGAAAUCAUUUUGUUUCUGUGGGCUUGUGUGGGAGGAGCAAUUUCUUCUUGGUCUUAUUUUUCUUAUAGUUCCGAUUUCCUUACUCUUCACUAAGACAUAUAUUUUUAUCUUUAUAUUGGCGAUUUAAUUCCUUUUGUAUUUAUUGUGUUACCGCAGGUAUGCACAGACUUUUUUUACAAAGCUGAAAUAUAGUUUUGAGUAUCAGCUGGAGGAAAAAUGGCUGUUUGAGACAGUGACAUGACAUGGGAAACAAGCUUCCCCCUAGCUGAUGAUGUGUAAUGCAGAUAAGGGUGAAAUACCUCUCCGUUUCUGAUGUGUAUCAUAUCAAUUAGAAAAACGCACAACGAAAAAAUAGAUUAUUUCUAUCACAGUCUGUUUUGGAAAUCUUUUUGGUAUGUCACAUCUUACAAAGAGGGAACAUGAUAGUUUAUCCAUUUGAAAAAAGAAAACAGCCUGGUAUCUGUUCUCUCUGGGAUUUUGUGAGCUUUAAACUUUCCAAAAUAUCAGAUUGAAUUGUGGUUCUUUGAAGACUGAAUGGGAAGAACAGAAAAGCCUGUGCUGCUCUCUUGGUGAUUGAAUUGGCGUAAGCCGUUACUGCUCUUUCAUUAAACAAAUGGCUGUAUUUCCGUUAGAGCAAACAUUUUGUUAAUUGCAUUCUGCUGGAGCAGAGCUCCCAUCCUGUUCUUUUAUGAAGAAUCUGUUUAUACCAUUGCUGUGUGAUGCAAUGAAUAGGCUUCAGCUCAUGGCAUGUCUUUCAUAACAGAAAGAAAUACACACGGACAAGCAAAUUCAAAUAAUUUCUUAAAAGCUUUAUUUUCUUCUCUUAUUCAAGCACUCAUCGGAUUGCAUUCUGCAUCUGGACAGCUUUGUUAGCUUUCUAGUUGCGUUCUGAACCUCUUGUGGAUGAAAGAAUGUCGUUCUUGGUGUUACUAAACUGAAGAAAGGACAGAUUUAAUUUUGAAAGACACAUAUGUGAAGUGUUUUUUCCAUGCGGUUCAGUCAUUUUUUUUCUACUGAUUCCUUUAAACAGGUUGUUAAUUGGAGAUGGAAACCACUGGCCUUAGACAUUUUGCUGAGACAUUUACAUCAAACAGGAAACUAGAGAACCACACGUUUAUUUAGUAAAACCAUUCUGUAGUAUGUUUGUAGAUAAUCUGAUAAUAUCUCCUUUUAGAACAGAGGGGAAGCCAUUUCAAGUUGAGGAUACUGAAAGAAAAACAUCCGUGUGCUUACGUGUAGCUUUAGCAAACAGUUCCUCCUAAGAACACCUUACGAGUUGGGUCCUCGCUGCUUUGUUUUUCCGAGAACCCGGCUCCUUCUUGAAAGUGAAAAGUUCAGAUCCUGCAAAUAGCACCUGUGUAAAUACCAGAUGUGUUGGGGUGAUGCAGCGCGUGUUCGGUCUUUGGUAGUAGUUGAGUGAGUCAGGAGCUGUAAGAUUCCAUACGAGUUGUGUGCAUUUGAGAUUACGUAGAUAGCUUUAGCAUGAGCUUCAGAAUUCUAGAGGGAUUUUUCUUGCCUAUUAAUGAGCCUUCAUUAGUGUUCUAAUUUUAGAAUGUGAUCUCUGGUUUUGCAGAGAUGAUGUACUCUCAAAUUCAGUUACGGGCGUUCUAGUUCAGGGAAUACAACCAUUAGCCCGUAGUAAGCAGCUGACCUCAUUCCCUCCCUUAAUCACAUGCUCUGCACCCUAAAAGAAAAGAUCAUAAAGCCAAAAACUGAAGGUUGGGACUGUGUCAAAUCUGUGGUGUAAACUCCCCAAAGUGAAGCAGCUCAUAGGUGAGGCGAGAACCGGCACCGUCAGCGGUGUUGUGCAGCGUUUGCACAUCUGCAAGGGCUGGGCUGGCUGAGGAUAGGGUGCCCGCAUUUGCUUGAAAUCCUUGAAUUUAAAUCACAGAUCACUUUAAUGAGGUUUUUAUUCUUUCCUGCUUUGUGAUAGGAAAGACACAGGAGCGAUGAAGAGGGACAGAAUUUCCACAGAACUUACACAGACCUGUGUAAGUACUAAAAAUUCCUUUACCAGGGUCUGAAAGGAGCUCACGUUCAUGGUGUGGCCAGGAAUUGCCUAUGUAAUGCAUGAUCUGUAGCAAGUGGUUUGCUUGUGCUUUAUUCUGUUGAUAACACCUGAAAUAUUGGCAACUCAGGGAAAGGUAAAAUGCUCACAUGGGGGACUUCAGUGUAACAAUUUAUAUCUAAAGUGAAGACCUUUGGCUCAUCUGUGUCUGUCACUGUUGAUCACAACAACAAACCAGAAAGAAUAAUCUAUGUUUUCACUGACUUGAGCUUUGGGCUUACUUUGCAAACCUUGAUGGUUGUGAAGUGCUGGGGAUGGAAUGUGCCGGGGAAGCCUCCGCUGCGGUGGGUCACUGACGGGUGUUUACACUGUGAAAGCCUCCCUUUCAAAUCACUUCCCCGGAGAGGCCAAAGACUUUGUAAGUUUAAAGAUCAGAUUCCUUUUCCUCCUUUCUCUGUAUCAUCCCAUUGAAACACCGAUGCAGGGAGACAGAGUGCUAGUUUGGGAUCUAACAAGCAGUACGGUUCCUGACUUAGGAAUUUCAGAGGGCCUGAAUUUCCUACAUCUGGCCGUUCAGUCCUGUUUUUCCAAGGGCAGCAGCUGGUGUCUGCCGAGCCAUGUGCCCUGCGCUGGGCCUGGAGUGUGGCAGGGAACGCUGCCCUCACGUCCUGAACACUGGCCUGAGGAUGCUUCAGCUGUGUCCUUUCCAGCUGUGCAUUCCAGAGCGCUGUGAGCUGUGUCUAGAGGGCAAAGGGGAUUGAAAAAUCCCCUAUCCCGAGACUUGGACUCAAUACUGAUUUCUUAAAUGUUUAGAAGAAGUCCUGUUACAUGGAAGCGGGCGUCUGGGAGGGCAGCAGCAGCGCAGGGCGUAGCUAAUGUGGGGGUUCAGUGCUUUGUAGCAUCUCCUGCUUGGGCUCCCUGGGCUGGGAGAGUUUAACAGGUGGCAGAAGGGAGCUGCUUGCGUUGAUCCAAGAACUUGGGUUGAUCUGGCAGCACCUGAGGGCCUGUUCCUGUGCUGGAGAGGUGUCGCCUUGCCCUGUGCUUUGCUAUAAAGGCCAAUAAAAUGCUAGCUCUUCCUUGAAACUCUUAAAAUUCCCUGAAUUUUGUUGUUCCUGG